CACUUCGUCUUAAUCCUCACAGCUAAGCAAAAAGCAAAAACAAUUUUUGCAACCACUUAUUUGCAUUUCAUAUUUCCAACCUAUGUGUGGAUGCAACUUACUUCAUUUCAAUUUCGUGGCUCCAAACCCCUUUUUUAUUUAUUUAUUAUUAUUUCCACAAUUUCUUUGUCACCACCACUGAUAUAUACAGUACCUUACAUUACAAUAUAUAGAUAUAUAACAAUUUAUGAGUUUAUCAUUUAUUAUUUGUACUCUCCUAAAGUACAAGAUUUGACAUUUUAGUCAUAAAUAAUAAAUACCCUUCUUUGCCUUUUUAAUAUUCAACAAUUGUAUUAUAUAAAAUUUUUGAGGGUUUUGUUUUGAUUGGUUUCAUUUUAUCAAAUUUGUUCUUUUUUUUGGAAUUUUCUUUUGUUGAAGAUUAAUGUCUGUGUCUGCUUCAUUUGCCAUUUGUAAAGUUGCUAAAGAUGCAGCUGGAGUUGCUGGGAACAUUUUUGCUUUUGGGCUAUUUGUAUCUCCAAUACCAACAUUUAGGAGAAUUAUCAGAAAUGGGUCAACAGAGAUGUUUUCAGGGUUGCCAUAUAUUUAUUCCCUAAUGAACUGCUUGAUUUGCAUGUGGUAUGGUACUCCUCUAAUAUCACAUGAUAAUUUGUUGGUUACCACUGUUAAUUCAAUUGGAGCAAUCUUUCAAUUUGUGUACAUAAUCCUGUUUAUGAUGUCUGCUGAGAAAGAAAAGAAGGUGAAAAUGCUUGUAUGGUUGAUGGCAACUAUUGGCGUAUUUGCAAUUAUAUUGUUUGGAAGCUUGCAAAUAGAUGACAUUGUUAUGCGUCGGCUUUUUGUUGGAUUUUUGAGUUGUGCAUCUCUUAUUUCAAUGUUUGCCUCUCCAUUGUUUAUAAUUAAAUUGGUCAUUCAGACAAAGAGUGUCGAAUUCAUGCCAUUUUAUCUCUCACUUUCCACCUUUCUAAUGAGCACCUCUUUUCUUCUUUACGGAUUACUCAGCAACGAUGUCUUCGUAUAUGUGCCAAAUGGGAUAGGAACCAUUUUGGGAGUAAUCCAGUUGAUAUUAUACUGUCACUAUGAGAGUAAAUCUAGAAUAGAUUCUGAAGAACCAUUGAUACUAUCAUAUGAUGAUCACUUCUGCUGAAAAGAUGAAGAAGUUUGAUAUGACCAGUUGCUGCUGCCUGCUUGAUAUUGUCUGAAAACUGGAGCUGGCAAUGUUGCUAUUUGGUUCAAAUUAUUGGUGCAAUUACUGUUGCACCCUUGAGAGUAACCAAAAGCUGCAAUAAAGAACAACUUCAAAUGUUCUGUAUAUAUUUUAAGCCUUUUUCGGGGAGAUGAACUAUGCUUUUCAAAUUUAAUCAAAAUGGUAUUAUAGCAACAAAGGCAUUUUUCACUAUUCCCACAUUUUGUACUAAGCUGGCCUCUCUUACAUUGAGUGAGGCAUUUUUCUAGUUCAUCAUAUGUAUAAGAGAAAAUAUAUUCACAUUAUUUUGAGAGGCAUGGGUUGUUUAUUAGUUCAUAGACUUUGAUGGAUGUAUAGAUAUCAAAGAUUCACUUUGGAUCGGUGAAACAGUAGCUUUCUCUAUGUUUAUCAAUUUGUAAUCAAUUGCUUUUCUUUUUAUAAGCAAAUCUUAGUAUUGUUAGUUUAAGUAAGUAAAUUCUUCUUCGUCAGAGUUUGAA